AUGGCUCCCAUUCGCAACAAUAGGUUUCAACAAAAACCACAACGAAAAAUCCCAUUGCAUUGGAUCGUCAUGGUCCUCCUCUUUGGACUCUAUUUCCUCAAGGAAGCAGCAUUUUCCGACUUUGAAUCAUCUUCUAUAUCAGUUCUUUCCAGCAUCAUUAGUGGCAUUCUGACGGGUCCCAACAAAGAAUCCCUCAAAGUAUGGGAUUGGAAGAGGCCGGACCUGGGGAACGUGAAGCAACAUAUGGAAUUUGUGCGAACGGCGUCCGAAAUUGUGCCUCGAAACAAGUAUUACCCAAUCCAACACGUCCACCGCAAUGGUUUGUUACAUAGUGGAAUGGUGGUGGCUGUCCUGGAUAGCAACGUUGCAAACAUCGAUGCCAAAAUUCUAUUGCUCAAGCGUGCGCCUCAAUUGGUCACCUGUCCCAACGCUUGGGGUUUGGUGGGCGAACAUACCUUUCAAGAUGAAACGCCUAGAGACACAGUCAUUCGAGGAAUGAAAGAAGAAUUGGGAGAUGCCUUUUAUCAGCAGUUUGUGCAAAAGGGGAGCAAGACUAUGGAAUUAGUCAAGCUCCCAGUCUACGUAGACGUGGACUACAGUGACAACGGAAGUCUAAUCGACCGACAAAUGACCCACUUGCAUGUGAUAGAAAUGAAUACACCCUUGGAAGAAUUGAAAAAAUUGUUGGAGCUGGACGACGAAGUUGCCGAAACAACAUGGAUGACCCGACAGGAAAUCCAAGAGGGGUGGAUGAAUUUCAAUCCUGCCGAAAAGUUUUGUUCCAACGAACUGGCCGUGCUCCUUCAGCUGGUAUUGCACAGAUUGGACGACUUUGAAAGAGAAGCUAAUGCAGAUAAAUAUGAGGCAGAAAUGCAUGCAGCCGCAAAGCGAAAGGCAGCGAACAAAGCCGCUGCCAAGAAGGCUGCUGCAGAAGCCGCUGCUGCGGAAGCUGCUGCUGCAGAAGCCGCUGCUGCCGAAACUGCACCCGCUGCCGAAGACGAGGGAAAAAGUGAAGACGACGAAGAUGACGAAGACUCUGAUUCGGACGAUUCGGAUGAGUAG